UGAAAUUCAAAAUUUUCUCCCUUUAUAAGAGAAGUGUGCUGAAGAAAAAUUCGCUACUCUGAUUCCCUCCAGUUGCCAGGAAUACGAUCCCUUCCCCUUUUCAUGUCUUCAUUAUUAUCUUAUUCUCCUCACAUCUCUGCUCUCACCCUCAUCCCCCUUCUUUGACUCUCUCUCUCUCUCUCUCUCUCUCUCCUGCCCUCUCCCUCAGAUUCCUCUCCGGUGGAAGACACCAUGAAUUCGCUUUUAGCUUUUCUGUCGCCGCUGCUUCCUUUUCUGGCCUCUCUCGUGUUUCUGGUCAUCUUCCUCGAGCAGAUCUCUUACUUGAAGAAGAAACGCUCUGUUCCUGGUCCUCCUCUCGUUCUCCCUUUUGUCGGCAACGCAAUUCCUCUGGUUAGGAAUCCUGCCCGUUUCUGGGAAAUUCAGGCUUCUUUGGCUAAAUCCUCCGGGCAUGGCUUCUCAGUCAACUACAUCGCCGGGAAUUUCAUCGUCUUCAUUCGCGACACUGAGCUCUCCCACAAGAUUUUCGCCAAUGUGCAUUCCGAUGCUAUGAAUCUCGUAGGUCAUCCCUUCGGGAAGAAGCUAUUCGGCGAGGAUAAUCUGAUUUACAUGUUAGGGCAAAAGCACAAGGAUCUCCGCCGUCGAAUCGCUCCCAAUUUCACGACUAAAGCGCUUUCCACUUACACCGCGCUUCAGCAGAUCAUCAUUCUCAAGCACUUGAAAAUUUGGGAUCAGAAGUCGUCGGAAUCCUCGCCGAAGCCGAUUCCCUUGAGGUUUCUCGCUCGAGAUCUUAAUCUCGAAACCUCUCAGAUGGUGUUCGUCGGGCCGUAUUUAGGCGAGGAGAUUCGCGAGAACUUCAGAACCGAUUACAACCUCUUUAACGUCGGUUUGAUGAAACUCCCGAUCGAUUUGCCCGGAACUGGUUUCAGAAAUGCGAGACUCGCCGUCGACCGGCUGGUGGAGGUCCUCGCCGACUGUGCGAAGCAGAGCAAGGCGAAGAUGAAGAGAGAAGAAGAGCCGUCGUGUUUGAUUGACUUCUGGAUGCAGGACACCGUGAAGGAACUCGAGGAAGCGGCGGCGGCUGGCCUGCCGGAGCCGGUUCACACCAGUAAUUUCGAGCUCGGACUCUACCUCUUCGAUUUCCUCUUCGCCGCUCAAGACGCUUCCACUUCGUCGCUUCUAUGGGCCGUCAGUCUCCUGGAUUCCCAUCCCGAUGUUGUAGCCAAAGUUCGCGACGAAGUCCAAUCCAUCUGGUCGCCGGAAUCGGACUCACUGAUAUCAUCGGAACAGCUUGCGGAAAUGAAGUACACUCAAGCGGUGGCGCGUGAGGUGGUCCGGUACCGCGCUCCGGCAACAGUGGUUCCACACGUGGCGGCGGCUAAUUUCCCGUUGACGGAAUCAUACAUCAUCCCAAAAGGGGCAAUCGUGUUCCCAUCAGCGUACGAGUCGUGUCAGCAGGGUUUUGUGGAACCGGAGCAGUUCGAUCCGGAGCGGUUCUCGGAGGAAAGGCAAGAGGACCGAAUUUUCAAAAGGAACUUUCUGGCCUUCGGGGCUGGGUCCCACCAGUGCGUAGGGCAACGGUACGCGCUGAACCAUCUCGUGCUCUUCAUCGCCAUGUUUUGUACGUUGCUUGAUUUCAAGCGGCACAGAUCCGACGGCUGUGAUGAAAUCGCCUUCAAUCCCACCAUCUGUCCCAAAGACGAUUGCAUGGUCUCCAUCUGUAGGCGUUGCCCUCGAUUUCCCAAUCUCUCGCUUCAAUAAAAUUUCCCUAAAUCUCCAAAUUGCCCUCCUCCACUUCAUCCAAAAAAAAAAAA